AUGAAGUCUGUCUUUCACUUUAAAAAUGGCACACCUCGGCAGUCGUCACUGUGUGAUGGAGCUCGGGGUGUUAUUACUAUAGACAAGAGCAUCUUCAACAACCCUGAACAUUCUCUAGAAGGCUUGGAACAAUUUUCACAUGCCUGGAUCAUAUUUGUCUUUCACAAAAAUAACAACACUUGCACGAAAGCUAAAGUGAAACCACCCCGUUUAAAUGGCCAGCGAGUUGGUGUGUUUUCCACAAGAUCGCCCUACAGACCUAGUAACAUUGGGUUGUCAUUAGUUAAGAUAGAAAAAGUGGAAGGGGCAUCUGUAUACGUUUCAGGAAUUGACAUUCUUGAUGGCUCCCCAGUGCUUGACAUUAAGCCUUAUAUACCUGAAUAUGAUAAACCCAAAGAAGAACUUGUACCAUCAGUAUAUGACAGUUAUUCAGACAUGACUGCUGAUGUUUCUAAUCCAGUUAUGAAUGUCAGAGACAGUUGUGUCCAUAGCAGUUUUCCAGAUCAGAAUAGCAGAGACAGCAGUGUGUGUAGCAGUUUGCCAUAUCCAAAUGUCAGAGACAGCAGUGUGUGUAGCAGUUUGCCAUAUCCAAAUGUCAGAGACAGCAGUGUGUGUAGCAGUUUGCCAUUUUCAAAUGUCAGAGAGAGCAGUGUGGGUAGCAGUUUGCCAGAUCCAAAUAUCAGAGACAGCAAAGGGUUUAGCAGUUUGUUAGAUACUAAUAUCAGAGACAGCCAAGGGUGUAGCAGUUUGCCAGAUCAAAAGAUCAGAGACAGCAGUGUGGGUAGCAGUUUGCCAGAUCAAAAUAUCAGAGACAACAGUGUGGGUAGCAGUUUGCCAGAUCAAAAGAUCAGAGACAGCAGUGUGGGUAGCAGUUUGCCAGAUCAAAAUAUCAGAGACAACAGUGUGGGUAGCAGUUUGCCUGAACAGAAAAGUAAAGUGAGCAUAAGUAGUGGUGAAACUGUCCAGACUAGAGGAGUUCUACCUUCAGAUUUGUAUAGAAAAGAUGAAAUGGCAGAAGCUAAUCAUGUUUGCGACAGUUUACAAGAAAGUACUUGUGCAUCAGAUGUUUUGCCAGAAGCAGUAACUUUAAGAGAAACAGGUAAUUUUUGUCAGGUUAACAAAAAUUUGAGCGAUUCUUGUGUUCCAAAGAAAGAAAUGAAGGAUGCAAAGAUAUCACUAGAUUCUAGAGAAUUUUGUGCUUUGAAAGCACGGACAACAGUUGCCUCGUGGCUGCUAAAGCCCCCUGUAGCCAAACUUGAUGUUAUAUUCACACCUCAAGCUCUGAAGCAGUUGCAGAAGUUUAGUAAACAAUCCACAGAUGUCAGAUACCAGUUCGAGAUGUUUUCAACCCCAGAAGAGGCAGAAAAGUCUAUUGCAGAUAUUUUACGCGAGGAACCCCGUUCAGUGUACCGGCGCCAGCAGUGCCAGGAUAGUCUCUACUACUUUGCUGUAGAUGUGUUGCAUGUGACCUGUUGGUUUGAUGAAAAUAUUGCUCAGGUUGUCAGGAUCAAACCUGUGGCAUCUGUUCCUAUGAUGCAGCCACAUACAAAGUAA